CCUCUUCUGCUUCCUCCUCUGCCUCUUCUUCCUUUUCUGAGGAAGGUGCUGUUGGUUACAGCUCUGAUUCUGAGACCCUAGAUCUAGAAGAGGCCGAGGGUGCAGUGGGCUACCAGCCAGAAUACUCCAAGUUCUGCCGCAUGAGCUACCAGGAUCCUUCUCAGCUCUCUUGCCUUCCCUACUUAGAGCAUGUGGGCCACAAUCACACGUACAAUAUGGCACCCAGUGCCCUUGACUCUGCUGAUCUACCACCACCCAGCACCCUCAAGAAAGGUAGCAAGGAAAAGCAGGCUGACUUCCUGGACAAGCAGAUGAGCCGAGAUGAGCACAGAGCCCGAGCCAUGAAGAUCCCGUUCACUAAUGACAAGAUCAUUAACCUGCCUGUAGAGGAAUUCAAUGAGCUGCUGUCCAAAUACCAGCUGAGCUAGGCUCAGCUGAGCCUCAUCCGGGACAUCCGGCGCCGGGGCAAGAACAAGAUGGCCGCACAGAACUGCCGCAAGCGCAAGCUGGACACCAUCUUGAACCUAGAACGUGAUGUGGAGGACUUGCAGCGAGACAAGGCCCGAUUGCUCCGCGAAAAGGUAGAGUUCCUGCUGUCACUGCGACAGAUGAAACAGAAGGUCCAGAGCUUAUACCAAGAAGUAUUUGGGCGGCUGCGGUAUGAGAAUGGGAGGCCCUACUCGCCCAGCCAGUAUGCGCUUCAGUAUGCUGGGGACGGCAGUGUCCUCCUCAUCCGUCGCACGAUGGCUGACCAGCAGGCCCGGCGACAGGAGAGAAAGCCAAAGGACCGGAGGAAGUGAGCCUGGGGAGGCAGGGGGUGGACGCUCACUAAGACCGAAACUGGAGAAGGGCUGGGCCUGGACCUAACAUUGGGGACUUAAAUGCCUUCUUAUCCAAUAUAUCUUCUCAGAUGGGAUGACUGCGGGUCAGUGCACAGAAGAGGCGGGCGCAGGCGCUGUCUGGCUUAGCUUCCCCACUGGGUGUGGGUGGAAAUGACCAGACUGUUUGAGUGAUUGGGGUCCCCAGCCUACCUCCCUUCUUUCUCCUGAGGGAAGGGUGAUGUUGGCAUGCUGAAGGUAGAGGAGGCUGUGUGAAGGCUGACAAGAGGGGAAAGGAGGACUUGGGAGAACAGAUAAAGUAGUGGAACGUCUCAUUCCUGGAAGGAAAAAAGGAGGAAAUUCCCUAAAAUCAGAGCAGUCAGAAAAAUCAGAGGGACCGGUAGGGGCCUUGGCCGGCAUUCUAUGCAGUGAGUGUUAGUGACUCCAGUGGGCCUAAGUAAAGUCACUGGUAUGGAAACAGAUGUGGUGGGGCUGUGGAAGGGCCUUUUAACUGUUUCUUGAACUCUGUCAUCCCUGAAGAGGAAGAAACUCUUGGAUGGCACCUGUAAUGUUUUAGUUACUGAAACAGGAAGCUGUAGGGGAUCCAACACUGACUUGUUUUCAGGCCAGAGGGGGGCAGAGGGUAUAGAAAAGUGAUAGUGAGGCCUGUGUUGCAGCAGCCCCAACAUCAAGCAUGUCACUCACUGCCGCCACAGCCACCUCCCUCUCUAGCCACCCCAGAGCUGAGGCUCCUGCUGUCCUCGCGAGAGCCUGCAUGGAAAUGCUGUACCCCUCCCACUCUCCUCCUUUUGUAGUACCCACCCUCACUAGCUGCCUAUAGCUCUCUGGAGUGGGGUGCUAUCUGGCAGUACCCGGAACUUGGCCUACAGCUUCCUCUGCAGGGGCUAAACAGAAGCAAGGUGAUGUUAUGGAGGGGGAAGCCAGCUCUGACCUCCAGGCCCUGUUCAGCACAACAUUGGGAAUGGGUUCUUCCCUCAGGGCCCUCUGCCUACGACACCUGGGCUUGUCACUGGGGGAAACAAAACCUAUUAACCCCAGCAACAAAACCUAGUCCUCUUAGAAUCUCUUGCGCUUUGAUUUUUUUUUAGGGCGUGUGCCCUGUUUCACUUAUAGGGCCUAGGAUGCUUGUGUUGAGUAAAAAGGAGAUGCCCCAAUAUUCAAAGCUGCUAAAUGUUCUCUUUGCCAUAAAGACUCCGUGUAACUGUGUAACACUUGGGAUUUUUCUCCUCUGUCCCGAGGUCUUGUUUUCUUUUUUUGGGUUUCUUUCUAGGAAAAUGAGAAGUGCAUGAAAGGAGCUGGAGAUUUUUCUCUCCUAGGCUUUCAGCUUCAGGAAGCUGCUUUACAGCCUGUUUAGCCUGGGCUCCUGAAGGACAGCCCUGGGAGGGAGAGUGAAGGGCAGCACCACGGUAGCCAGAUGGUUCCAGGACCAGUGUCUUUUUUCUUUCUUUCUUUCCUUUUUUCUUUUUUCUUUUUGGUAACUUUGCCACUGCCGAGCCCCUACCCCCUAUCCUGGUCAGCUCUGGAGUACUGUCUGCCCCCUAACUAGCAGGGGUGAGUCGGGGAAGCACUGAUUCUCCUCCUGUGCAAAGGAGGGCUUUCCUAACCGAGACUAGAGAUAGAAAGUGUGAGCCUGGGUGUGCUUUUUAUAAAUUAUUUUCCUUGUAGAUUUUAUUUUUAAUUUAUCUCUGUGACCUGCCAGGGAGAGGAGAGAAAGAGAAAUGCUGUGAGCACAUGACAAAAUAAAAUCAAAUAAAAUGGA